AUUGGAAUCGUUGCUCACGAGUUCAUGCAUGCCCUCGGUAUAUUUCACAUGCAAAGUCGAUCGGAUCGUGAUAACUUCAUAACAGUUGAUAUGACAAAUGUGCCGACACAAAACCAACACAACUACAACAAACUCACUGCAGCCGAAUCCAUCAACUACACACCGUACGAAUAUGGCAGUGUCAUGCACUACGACACUCGAUCGUAA